CAGCCUGCGGGGGUGAGCGGAGUGGGUGGCGGAAGGCGGCCGGCUUCAGCAGAGGCGGCGGUGGCGGCUGAGGGACGGCGACGCGGCUCGCGGGGCGGCGCGACAGGACGAGCGAGGGCUGCGCGGCUCUCCGCAGCUGCCGCCUCGCCGCAGCCGGGGCGCAGGGCGCCGCAGCGGGUGCGCGGCCUGUGAGGCGGCCGGAGCUGCGUCCUGUCAGGCAGCGCGGGCGCGGCGGACGGCGCCGCGAUGAUGCCGAUGAUAUUAACCGUGUUCUUGAGCAACAAUGAACAGAUUUUAACAGAAGUUCCUAUAACACCUGAAACUACCUGUCGAGAUGUCGUAGAAUUCUGCAAGGAACCUGGAGAGGGCGGCUGCCACCUGGCCGAAGUGUGGAGAGGAAGUGAGCGUCCCAUCCCCUGUGACCACAUGAUGUAUGAGCACCUACAGAAGUGGGGGCCUCGCAGGGAAGAGGUAAAAUUUUUUCUUCGCCAUGAGGAUUCUCCAACUGAGAGCAGUGAACAAGGUGUCCGUCAGAGCCAAGAGCAGAGAACGCAGAGAAACGUUAUGAAUGUUCCUGGAGAGAAGCACACUGAAAAUGGGGUUGGGAACCCACGUGUUGAACUUACCCUCUCAGAACUUCAAGACAUGGCGGCCAGGCAGCAGCAGCAGAUUGAGAGUCAGCAGCAAAUGCUGGUUGCCAAGGAACAGCGUUUACAUUUCCUAAAGCAACAGGAGCGCCGCCAGCAGCAGUCCAUUUCUGAGAAUGAGAAGCUUCAGAAACUGAAGGAACGAGUGGAAGCCCAGGAAAACAAGCUGAAGAAGAUCCGGGCCAUGAGAGGACAAGUGGACUACAGCAAAAUCAUGAACGGCAAUCUGUCUGCUGAGAUUGAAAGGUUCAGCGCCAUGUUCCAGGAAAAGAAGCAGGAAGUUCAGACUGCCAUCUUACGAGUCGAUCAGCUCAGUCAGCAACUAGAAGAUUUAAAGAAAGGAAAGCUGAAUGGGUUCCAGUCAUACAACGGCAGGUUGACAGGGCCAGCAGCAGUGGAGUUAAAACGACUCUACCAAGAGCUGCAGAUUCGUAACCAGCUUAAUCAGGAGCAGAAUUCCAAGCUCCAGCAGCAAAAGGAGCUCCUGAACAAGCGCAACAUGGAAGUGGCCAUGAUGGAUAAGCGGAUCAGCGAGCUUCGUGAGCGCCUUUACGGCAAGAAAAUCCAGCUGAACCGUGUGAACGGCACAUCGUCACCACAGUCACCCCUGAGCACAUCUGGCCGGGUCGCUGCUGUGGGUCCUUAUAUCCAGGUUCCCAGUACUGGCGGGUUUCCUCUCCCAGGGGAUCCUGUAAAGCCCCAGUCUCUCACCAUUGCCUCGAGUGCUGCCCACGGAAGAUCCAAAUCUGCUAAUGAUGGAAACUGGCCAACGUUAAAGCAGAAUUCUGCUUCAGUGAAGUCGACUCAGAUGGCUGGUGGGGACUGGAAGGACUCAGGCAUGGAGGGGACCCUAAAGCAAGGUGCCAUCUCAAGCCAGCCUUUGCCUCUGUCCGCACUGGGAGCUACAGACAAGCUGGGCAUCGAGAUUGGCAAAGGGCCACCUCCCAUACCUGGUGUAGGCAAGCCACUUCCCCCAAGUUAUGGGACAUAUCCAAGCCCUGGGCCCCUGGGCCCAGGGUCAACAAGCUCCCUGGAGAGGAGGAAAGAAGGAAGCUUGCCCAGACCUGCUGCAGGCCCACCGAGUCGGCAGAAGCCCGCCCCACUGCCCCCAGCGGGCAGCGCUCCCCAGCCCGGCUCCUCACAGCAGAUUCAGCAGAGGAUCUCCGUGCCACCAAGUCCCACAUACCCACCAGCGGGGCCCCCUGCUUUCCCAGCUGGAGACGGAAAACCUGAGCUGCCACUCACAGUGGCCAUUAGGCCUUUCCUGGCUGAUAAAGGGUCAAGGCCACAGUCUCCCAGGAAGGGACCUCAGACAGUAAACUCAAGCUCUAUAUACUCCAUGUACCUCCAGCAAGCCACGCCACCUAAGAAUUACCAGCCACCAGCACAUGGCACCCUAAACAAGUCAGUUAAAGCAGUGUAUGGUAAACCUGUCCUACCGUCAGGGUCAGCGUCUCCAUCGCCCUUACCGUUUCUUCAUGGGUCACUGGGCACAGGCACGACACAGCCGCAGCCACCUUCAGAAUGUGCUGAGAAGGAGCCAGAGCCGGAAGGCCCCAGCGUGCCUGGAGAAGGCAGCACGGUGGAAAGCCUGCCACGGCCGCUCAGUCCCACCAAACUCACACCCAUUGUACACUCCCCGCUCCGUUACCAGAGCGAUGCGGACCUGGAAGCUCUCCGCAGGAAGCUGGCCAAUGCACCCCGACCCCUGAAGAAGCGCAGCUCUAUCACGGAGCCGGAGGGCCCUGGAGGGCCCAACAUUCAAAAGUUGCUUUAUCAACGCUUCAACACCCUGGCUGGCGGCAUGGAGGGUACCCCUUUCUACCAGCCCAGCCCGUCACAGGACUUUGUGGGCACCAUAGCUGAUGUGGACAAUGGAAACACCAAUGCCAAUGGCAACUUGGAUGAGUCUUUCCCUCCCCGGCCCACGGCCCCACUUCCUGAUGAGCUUGCCCCAUCCUCAGAUGCCAAUGACAAUGAGUUACCUUCCCCUGAGCCAGAGGAGCUCAUUUGUCCCCAGACAACUCAUCAAACUGCUGAGCCCACUGAGGACAAUAACAACAAUGUGGCCACGGUGCCCUCCACAGAGCAGAUCCCAAGUCCUGUGGCUGAGGCUCCUUCCGAGGAGGAUCAGGUCCUUCCUGCACCUCUUUCCCCUGUCGUCCAUCCUCCAACAGCAUCUGCGAGCAAACGGACCAACCUGAAGAAGCCUAACUCUGAGCGGACAGGGCAUGGGCUGAGAGUGCGCUUCAACCCCCUGGCACUGCUUCUAGAUGCUUCUCUGGAAGGAGAGUUUGAUCUAGUGCAGAGGAUCAUCUAUGAGGUGGAAGACCCUAGCAAACCCAAUGACGAAGGGAUCACCCCCCUACACAAUGCUGUCUGUGCUGGCCACCACCAUAUCGUGAAGUUUCUGCUGGACUUUGGUGUCAAUGUGAAUGCUGCAGACAGUGAUGGAUGGACACCACUGCACUGUGCCGCCUCUUGCAACAGUGUCCACCUCUGCAAGCAGCUGGUGGAGAGUGGAGCCGCUAUCUUUGCCUCCACCAUCAGUGACAUCGAGACCGCUGCAGACAAGUGUGAGGAGAUGGAGGAGGGCUACAUCCAGUGCUCUCAGUUCCUGUACGGGGUACAAGAGAAGCUGGGGGUCAUGAACAAAGGCAUUGUGUAUGCUCUGUGGGACUACGAAGCCCAGAACAACGAUGAGCUGUCCUUCCAUGAAGGGGAUGCCAUCACCAUCCUGAGGCGCAAAGACGAAAACGAGACCGAGUGGUGGUGGGCUCGUCUUGGGGACCGGGAGGGCUAUGUGCCCAAAAACUUGCUUGGGGUAAGCACUCCGUACACUCAGCUCUCAUGCUGGAGUCUUCUGGUCUUGUUGACCUGUACAAAAGUCACAAGACACUCAUAGCUUGGGGUUCAGUUCUGCUGGCAUCAAGGUAGAACAGAACACCUCUCUCCAAGCCCCAGCAGCCUGCUUUGUAUAAGGGCAAGUCCCCGAGUCCCUACAGCUGUGAGACGGGGCCACAUAAUGGAGACCAUGUGAGGUUUAGAGACCACCAGGGUCACCUCAGUCUGCCCCGCUCAUGGUGAACUCUGGGAAGUACUAAGCCACCCCACUUAGCUCUCCCUGAUCUGGAUUCUCCAGAGCUUGGUGAAGUACACACUGUAGUCCUACUGCCUGGUUGCUUUGGUGAUGGUGUUGUGCUUUGGUGGUUUCGUAACCACCCAUUCCCCUCCUGAACUGAUAACUGAACCCAGGGCUCUACCACUGAGCCAAAUCCCCAGCCUCUGGAACCUGGCCCCUGGAAGGCAGAAGAACUUAACUGCCUGCCUUGGUUAGAGACCUGACUGCUCACAAGGGAAGCUGUAAAGAAAGGAGUGGAAAGGAGUGGCCACGGUUGUGGGCUACGCUGCAUCCACAGUGGCGUCUGCUUUAACAGAGAGAUUGCCUCUACUCAAGUGCCACCUCCCGCCAGACCUUCCCAGAUACUCUGAACCUGCCAGAUGCCAACACGAGCCAGCAUGGGUGCUACACCGAGGGGUCUAGGGACAGUGACAGGUUCCCAGGGGUGAUGAAUGUAUGAACAAGAUCCUUGGGUCUUAGUGGAGGGGACAGCUGAGGCUAGGUCUGAGCAAGCACAUCCUGGAGAUAACGCUGUGGUGACAGGAGUGGAACCCAGAGACCAAAUCCUUCGCAGUCAUCUUUUGCCCUAACUCUUGUCCAUUGCUUCCCAGUUGUAUCCACGGAUCAAGCCCCGGCAGCGAACACUUGCCUGAGCCCCUGCAGUUCCAGUCCUUUGCUCCCAGGAGAAGCCUCCUGCUGCCCUGGAAAACUGAAGCCAGGAUGGUGCCAUGGUGCUCACUUUAGCAGACAGGAUCCACAAUGUGAACCCCAACUCCCCAGGUGAGGGCCUCCUCGUCUGCAGUGACUGGGAGAGCUAGUACGUUUGCCUUCAGAGGACUGCAUUUCUGCCAAUUACUGUAAAUCUGAAUAAAUACCCAGCUUCCAAAACAUCCAUCCCUUUUGCCAGUAAGAAGUCAUGACCAUGAGCCCUGACUUGCCAAUGAAGACAAAAGCUGACUUGGCCCAGAGGCCCCUUCUCGUGUUAAAUGUCUGACCUUCAGCAAGAGCAAGCUGCUGCAGGCGGCCUGGGCUACCCCUCCCUGGAAAGUCUCAAACCGUCGUCCUUUCUCACAUCGCCUCUCACAAAAUCCUCUCCUUUCACUACCAAAGGAGCCCUUUUGGAGACUGCUCUGUUUAGUUACCUGAUGACGUUCUGCUGUGGCUGGACUCGCACGCCUCAGCACAUGGGGCUCUCGGAUUCCUACGGCUUCUAGCUGCACAGCGUCCGUCAUUUAUUCUCCCCUUUUUGGCAUAAGCUCAUUCUAUUCUGAGUAGCUAAGACACGGGAGUCUGAGCGAUGAGGAGUCUAAGUUAAGUUUGUGGUGGGCUGGGCAAAGCCCGGUUCAGGAUCGACAACUGUCAACCUGGGACGCCAUCCCAAGUGAGGCGGGCUCUGUGUCCUGGAGCCUGAGCGCUGUAGACAGGCUUUUUAUACACCAGGGUUAUUUUUCAACUAGGCCUGGAAACUACCGGGACUGUGUUGGCAGUGUUUCUUCUCAUCGAAACACAAGCCUUAGGCUUUAUUUUUCAUGAGUCUUGUGCAUAACUACGUGUAAAUCCGUGUGGGCUCUGGGAGCAGUGCUGUCUGUGGUCAGCUGCCAAGCGGUGAUCACUCAGGGUGGCACCGAAAGUGAUGCCCUGUGAGCGACCUCUGCCAUCCCGACGCCACCGAUGCUGUGUGACGUGCACAAUAAACCGCUCUCUCACA